ACUGCGGAGAUAUAAACGCGGCUGAUGACCCUAAUCCAGGAAUGGUAAGUGCUAAUCCUAAUUUUGACCCACAACUUAUUUUGAAAGAUUUUUAUGACAAUUUGGCUCCGAUAGUUAACUUUAACCCUGCUUUAACUGCCUCUUAUCAAGGAAAAGGCUUAACCGGUCAGCAAGCCGCGGCUGCUUAUGGUUCUCAGCCUAGUCUCCCCGACCCCGAAAGAAUUGACGCUGGUAAAAUUAAUAACUUGGGAAUUGCGAACAUUGACGGACAAGACUACGACUUAAAAACGCUGGACGGCUUAACCAACGCCCGAGCGGCUCAACGAAGAUUGAAAAAUUGA